AUGGAAGGAAUGAUCAUGUCGGAGAAGAAUAGAAAGGGAAGCGACUUAUCGGAGAACGGUAAGGAGAAAAAGAAACUAUCAAAGCUUGAUGAGUUUCUCUUACGUAACCAAGACUUGAUGCAACAAAGUUGUGCUGAUUCUCCUAAAGUAGAAGCACUUACUCUUAACAUUGAUGAGUUAGUCUUAAACAGUCAGGAGUGUUUAGUCAUGGCAGCAGAAGGGUCCCCUGAUGACCUCGAAGGGAAAGAAGAGGCACCGCCCCAAGUAGAGAGUUCAGAAAGCCCGGACCAAAGGGAAGAGCAUCUUCCCGACUACCUUCAAGAUCUUCUUACGGGUUUGGAUGAAGAGCCAGCGAACAAUUUAGUAGAAGAGUUAGAUGGGGAAGCAAAUGCAGAGUUAGAUGAGAGCAUGGAUGGCAUGUGUGCCGAGUUAGAGAGUGAAGUGUGUGUUGAGUUAGAAAGUAAAGUGGAUGAAGCGAAGGUUGAGUUGGAGAAUGAAGUGUGUGUUGAGUUAGAGAGUGAAGUAUGUGUUGAGUUGGAGAAUGAAGUGAAUGAAGCGAAGGUUGAGUUGGAGAAUGAAGUGUGUGUUGAGUUAGAGAGUGAGGUGUGUGUUGAGUUAGAGAGUGAAGUGUGUGUUGAGUUAGAAGAGGAUCAUAAGCAAGUUCUUAUUACUAACCAGCCCGAAGGAGUAAACAAAGAAGUAGAUCAUCCAGAGGAUCAUACUCUAAGACCAACACAAGAACAUCAAACAAUCUCGUUUAUUACUUCCACUUCAACUCCUACUCCUACUCCUAACCCAACCCUAACUAGUCAGCCAGCCACCUUAGAAGUAAGCACUGAAGUAGAACAGAGCAAGCCAAAACCAAAACCACCAACACCCACCUUUACCUCAGCCAAGCCAACACCCACCAUUACUACACUUAAGCCAACCAACUCAAUAGAGACUCUUAUCUCACCCGUACUUAAUGCUUCAAUCAGAACUACACCCACACCUAUUACUACUACUGCAACACCUAUUACUACUACUACACCUACUACUACUGCAGCACCUACUACUAUUACACCACCCAUUACUCUACCACCUACACCACAUAUUACACCACUAACAAGUCAAUCUCUUAAUCCAACUAUAUCAAAUCAAAAACAAUCAUUUACAAAAGCAUUUAUAGUAGAUAAAAAGAUAGCAGAUACGGACCUAAAGUCACCUUUAGAUAGCAUAUCCUGCCAAUCAGCCGCCCCAAUGAACACUACCCCCAAAAAGACAUCUAUUCGUAAGGUUUUAGCUCAAUUCGGCACAGUAGUCUGGGGGCUAAUCACCGGCUUAACCAGCAAAAUACUCUGGACAGCUCUUUUCUCUUUAGUGGGACUACAAAUGAUUAUGAUGUUUGAAAAAGGUGUAACAAUUAGUCCAAAUCUUGAUAUGAUUUUAAAGAACUACUUAACUUCCUGGCCAAGUACUUUAGCCUAUCAAGUACUUACUUGGGGCGUUUUCCUCAUUUCCUUAUCUUACGCAACUAUCUUCUUAGUAAAUGCCUUACUGGUUUAUAAGCCAGAAAGAAGAUACCAAGAAGAUUCGUCUAGUAAUUUUAUCUUAGCUGUAUCAGCUGAUAUUUUGAAUUUAACAACUAUGCUGCCAUUUACGUUAGGUCUUAUCAAAGAAUCAAUUGAUUUUGGUUUAUCUUUUGUCUGUCCUUACCAGGCUGGUAUCUAUAUAUGCAACAUACUUUACCUUUGCUUUGUCAUGCAUACAGGCAUACUAGCUUACGACGUAAUUCAGCAGCAAUCCCUAGCUGAAGCACAAAAACAAGGUCCAUGGGAAAUCAUAGUACUUAUAAGUCGUUGUCUACGUAUAUCUUUAAUGACACUUAUUGAGUGCUACCUCUUCCGAGUCCUACUAGAUCUAGCCAUUAAGCACUGCCGCAACCCAGAUGCCCUAACUCAGCUCGGCGACUGGCUCCAAAACAAAGCCGACUCCCUAAUAACCACAGUCUCCCUAAUCCUUAAGUAA